AUGUUUGCGCUCAAGCUAAUUGUAUUGAUUUUCUCGAUCUCCACAAGUAUAGCAUCGGGAACUGUUCCAACGUUCAAACUCAACGAUGGUCGUGAUAUGCCCCGCUUUGGUCUCGGCACUUGGCUCGGCUCUAUGGAAACUUCUGGUGAUGUAAAGAAGGGCGAAGUUGAAGAUUCUGUUAAGUGGGCUAUCGACGCUGGAUACAGGCAUAUUGAUACUGCUUCUAUCUACGAUACUGAGGAUGAGGUUGGCAAAGCAAUAAACAAAAAAUUGGCAGAGGGCGCUGUAAAGAGGGAAGAUUUGUUUGUUACCACAAAGUUGUGGAACGACGCCCAUGCACGAGAAGCAGUUGUGCCAGCAUUAAGAAAGUCACUCGAAACACUUAAUUUAGACUACGUCGACCUUUACCUUAUACACUGGCCAAUAGCGCAAUAUAAAAAUGGUACCUACUAUGAUGUGGAUUACUUGGAAACUUGGGAGGGAAUGAUCGAAGCUAAGAAAUUGGGUCUUGCUAAGUCUAUCGGAGUUUCCAAUUUCAACCAGCAGAUGCUUGAGAGGCUUAUCUCUAAGAGCUCUAUCAAGCCCGCCGUGUUGCAAGUGGAGAUAAACUUAAACCUGCAACAGCCAGCGUUAAGAGAAUACUGCCGCCAGCAGAACAUCGUAGUAACCGGCUACACGCCUUUUGGAUCCAUCUUCCCCAACAAAGCUCGGUCAGAUGCACCUCCGCCACGUGUGGAUGACCCCACCCUCGUACAGAUCGCUAACAAGUACAACAAGACAGUGCCACAAAUAGUCCUUCGAUACCUGGUAGAACUGAACGUUAUACCAAUACCCAAAACGUUAACCAAGUCGAGGGUGGAACAGAAUAUCGAUAUAUUCGACUUCGAACUAACGCAAGAAGAGAGGGACCUCUUCAAGGGCUACGACAAAAAUUAUAGAACAAUCGCUGGUAAAGAGUGGAUAGAUUCACCUUAUUAUCCGUUUGAAAAGAAUUAA